AUGUUAGCCAGCAAGUUUUUAUCGUACACUUGCGCCCUUCUCAUUUCGAGCUACGUGGCCAGCGGUCACCCUAUGACUUUGCACAAGAAUGGUCUCCAAGCUAAUCGCGUGAAAGAAGCUCGCUCGCCUAAAUCUCUCAAUCUCCUCCUUUCAGACUCUGGUGAAGCAGCUCUUGGAACGCAGCAAAAGAAGCGUAGUCCAAAGAGAAAUGCUGCGAAGCAGGUCAAGCCGGCUGGCCCGGUUGACAACAAAAGGAAACGCGAUGAGAAAGUUGUUAAUAUUUCUGAGAAAUCGAUCUUGGACCCAAAGAUUGUUUUGUCGAUAGGCUAA